UUUCUUCUUUUCCAGCCUCUCCUCUUUUCUCUCUCUACAAUUGUUAUCUCUCUCUCUCUCUCUCUAGAACCAAAGAAAAGAGGAGAGGUUUUAAGUGAAAUAAAUCUUAUCUGCAGUUCAUUAUCAUCAGAUCAAUAAGAUCAAAGAUGCAACAGACUCACAACGCUUCUGAUGCAACUUCUGCACCAUCUCCGCAGCAUAAUCAGAACCAGCAGCAGCAGCAGCAGCAAUGGAAUCCCCAUAUGCAGCAGCAGCAGCAGCACUAUAUGGCAGCUAUGCAGUACCCUGCAGCCGCCAUGGUUAUGAUGCAACAGCAGAUGAUGAUGUACCCUCAGCAGCACCAUGCUUCUCAUCCUUACAUGGGCUACUACCAACAGCAACAGCCGCACCAGCUCAAUUAUCAUCAUCACAAGCAGCAGCACUAUCACAAACAUAAUCAGCAUAAACUUCAGCAGUACCAACAUGUUCCCACUGAAGAUUCUAAGACUGUUUGGGUUGGUGACUUGCUUCAUUGGAUGGAUGAGACUUAUCUCCAUACUUGCUUCUCUCAUACCGGCGAGGUUUCCGCUGUCAAAGUUAUACGCAAUAAGCAAACUGGUCAGCCAGAAGGAUAUGGAUUCAUUGAGUUCUAUUCGCAUGCAGCAGCUGAUAAAGUCUUGCAGAACUAUAAUGGCUCUAUGAUGCCAAACACAGAUCAACCUUUCCGUCUCAAUUGGGCAAGCUUUGCAGGGGAGAGGCGAUCAGAAACUGGUUCUGAUCUGUCAAUAUUCGUGGGAGAUUUGGCUGCAGAUGUGACAGAUACUAUGUUGCAGGAAACCUUUUCCAGUAAAUAUCCUUCUGUUAAGGGAGCAAAAGUUGUCACUGAUCUAAAUUCUGGUCGUUCAAAAGGUUAUGGAUUUGUUAGAUUUGGUGAUGAAAAUGAGAGGUCAAGGGCUAUGACAGACAUGAAUGGGAUUUAUUGCUCAAGCAGACCCAUGCGCAUAGGUGUUGCUACUCCCAAAAAGUCAAACCCAUAUCAGCAGCAGUAUUCUUCACAAGCUUUGGUGUUGGCAGGUGGACAUGCUCUAAAUGGUGCUAUGGUCCAAGGGUCUCAGUCUGAUGGAGACUCCAGCAAUACUACAAUAUUUGUGGGAGGAAUCGACUCUGACAUUAGCGAUGAGGAUCUCAGGCAACCCUUUUCCCAGUUUGGUGAGGUUGUUUCUGUGAAAAUACCGGUAGGAAAAGGAUGUGGUUUCGUGCAAUUUGCUGACAGAAAAAGUGCCGAGGAUGCAUUGGAGAGUUUGAAUGGCACAACAAUUGGCAAGCAGACAGUUCGUCUUUCUUGGGGUCGUAGUCCAGCGAACAAACAGUGGAGAGGGGAACAUAAUAAUCAGUGGAAUGGAUCAUAUUACGGAGGGCAAGGAUAUAGUGGAUAUGGAUAUGCAGCAAAUGGAGAGCAGAAUGGGUAUGUUGCGGCUGCGGCUUCGGGUGCAUCAUAACGAGCAGGGCGUAGGUUGGUGAAAAAGGAGGAUUGCUUGAGCUGUUGCUGCUUUGGUGAUCUGUACUUUGGAGAAUUUUGUAGCAAGAUUAUGUUAAAGUUUGUAUCAAUAUUUAUUUGGGAAUUUUGUGUGUGAUGGGCGGGAACCUUAUUUAUUUGUUGGCUUUUUAUUAAACUCUAAGCAACGAUGAGGUUUGAGAAAAAUAGAUAAAGCUUUUUGAACGCA